GGCCUUGACACAUGAUAAUAUACCGCAUUAGUCUUCUGAGUCGUUAAGUUGUCGCUGCUACGCGAUGCACUAUAUGACACCAUGUUAUGAGUAGGAGUAAUAAAGAUUUCUUGAUAAGACGUGUUCGUCCAUUUGAAAUCAGACGGUACUAACGAUAGUUCAGCCAUGUCGGUCUUUUCGCUAGAGGUGAAAGAAUCUAAUCCCGUCACGUCGCAGACUGUGGAUGAGCUCUGCUCCCUAUGGGGCGUCGCAAUCAACGAUGAAGAGAAAAAAGACUAUGAGACACUCUUGGCCGUAUUCCAUGACUCUGCGGAUGCUAUGAUGAAAUUACCAGAGUAUAGCCCUACUGUUGAUCUAGAUCGCUUCCCACGCCAACAUGUUCGGUUGCCGAAUCCUGAGAAGAAUACAUUAGGAGCGUGGGCCUGGAAAUGUGAGAUCAUAGACCAGAGAGGGCCAAAUGGAGAUCUUUCUGGUAAAUCUGUCGCCCUGAAAGACAACAUUGCUGUCAAAAAUGUUCCGAUGUUGAUGGGGACAGAUAUGGUCAAGGGUUACGUGCCAGCCAUAGAUGCGACAGUUGUCACAAGAAUCCUCGAGGCUGGUGGUAGGAUAACUGGCAAGGCUGUCUGCGAGAAUUUAUGUCACUCUGCAACUAGUUCAUCAGCGGCCACUGGGCCCGUUCAUAAUCCAUAUGCGAAAGGAUAUAGCAGUGGAGGGAGCUCAAGUGGAAGUGGUGCCCUUGUUGCUAACCAUGAUGUUGACCUAGCUCUUGGAGCUGAUCAAGGUGGCUCUGUCCGCGUGCCUGCCGGGUGGUGUGGCAUAUAUGGUCUCAAGCCAACCUUUGGUCUAAUUCCAUACACUGGUUGCGGCAGUAACGAGCCUACAAACGACCAUCUGGGGCCCAUGUCACGCACAGUGCUCGACAAUGCCUUACUCCUCCAAGCUAUUGCCGGAAAUGACAACAUAGAUGACCGCUCCUUUGCAACACCCUCACCCUCCCGGAUCCCGAGAUACCACACCAGAUUACUCGAAAUUCCUAAUCCCACUGAUCUAGCUGGUGUUCGCAUCGGUGUGCUCAGCGAAGCAUUCACCCAGCCCGCUCUCGACUCACGUGUGGUCGAGUGCGUCCGUUCCGCCAUCGCCGAGUUCAUACGUCUCGGUGCCAUAGUCGAGGACGUGAGCAUUCCAAUGCAUACUCACGGUGCAUCAAUCUGGACCGCUGUCAGCAAAGUAGGCGGGUACCUCGCCAAACAAAAUCUUGCAUUCGGCCGCCGUGGUCAUGCCAUGAACGAUCUUGCAAAUCUAUUUACACCGCUUACACAAUCCUCGUGGGACGCUGCAUAUGUCAGUACAAAGAAUAUCUAUCUUAACGGCGCGUAUGCUGUCAAACACUUUCCUAGUCUCCUGGGCCAUGCGACAAAUCUUUCACGCCAACUGCGAGAUGCAUAUGACGUAGCGUUGGAAAAUUAUGAUGUUCUAGUCCUGCCAAAUCUACCGUAUAUAGCGACGAGUAAUUUUGAUAAAGAGGAUAAGCCGUUGGAGAAAAUUAGGAAGCAGGUGGGCUUGACCGGUAACACGGCAUCGUUCAAUCAAAGUGGACACCCGGUGCUGGCAAUGCCGAUUGGGAUGCUGGAGAUUCAGGAGGGCCCGUUGAAAGGGAGUGGAGUGAAGUUACCUGUGAGUAUGCAAGUUGUAGGGAAGUGGUGGGGUGAGGAGCGUGUAUACAAGGUAGCAUAUGCGUGGGAGAAGGCAUGCAACUGGAAGAGUAGGUAAGGGUAUUUUUGUAGACAGAUAGAGUAUGUAUUUAUACAGUG